AUGCGGCAGGUCCGCCAGAAAGUGCAUGGCCAGCUUCGAGCUGCUCAGGCACAAGGCUUCCACAGCACGAACGGAAGCCACCAGGCCUUGGUGAGGGCUGGCAAAAGGGCGCUCACUGCGCGUAGCCACACGGAGCAGUGGGAGGCACAAGCCGAUGUGGCUGAGAAGUGGGCUGAAAACAGCCUGCAGCGGGAGAAGGAGUAUGUGAGCAGUGUGAAGGAUGCAGCCGAGAAGAGAACAGCCACCAUCCAUGGUGUGACCGGGGAUCGUGUUCAGAAGAGCCAGGAGCUCCUCUCGGCUUCAAAGCAGCAAGAGCAAGCGGUGAAGCUGCACUCUCACAGACAGCUGGAGACGCAGGUGCAGCAGGUCGCAAGGCAUGCUCAGAUCAAGGUCGACAAUUCAACACGAGCCGCAGAUGCCGCCAAACGGCAACUGUACCAGGCAGAAGCCAAGUCUGCAGAGCAGAAAGCAGGACUCGUGCGAGACGUGCAGCGAAGCCUCGAGGCUGGCAUGUCAAGGGUCUCGGCUGCCGAGAGAGAGCUCGAGUUCCAGGAAGCAGAUGGCAAGGCUGCACUCUGGCGAGAAGAUAUCUGCACAUCACAGAUCAAGCGAGUUGCUGGCGAGCUGAAGCACAGCAGCCAGGAGCAGUUCGGGCAGCGAAAGAAAGAGUUAGAUGCGAUGCUGGAAAGAGCCUGA